UCAGUUCGUUUUGGACUGCGAGCCGCGUUGCAAGUGUUUUGCGAGACGUCGUUGUUUCGUUUUCGCCAUAGAAACUCGUUUUGUUCAAGUGUGCGUGCGGGGUGUCGUCAGUCAUCACUGAUUGUGUCAGCAGGCUGCUUUGAUUUGGUCACACAUUUUUUCGCCAGGAUUAUAAACGAAUAAUUAAAUGCCCCGUACGAAUCUGUUCUUUCUUCUUAUAGUAGAAGUGCGGUGAUCGGAAGAUUUUUUAUCGCUCAGUAACAUUAAGGUGGAGGAUUUACGCAAAUCCAGUGGUAGAAUAUGUGGAAAACGAGUGUCGCGCGGAAAACUACUUUGGAAGCGAAUCGCCAUCUUGUGGUUGUGCGUUGAUUGAAUACCUGAUUAGGAAACUUGACAAACAAAUUUUGCUGCACAACGGGUGAAUUGUAAAUUAGUAGAACUAGCCAGGUGAAAUUCACCGUUCAGUUUGACAAAAAACAGUAGCAGGUGCAUAGUGUGUGCGUUACCAGCCAGUAAAGAAAAAAAAACAAGAAUUCAAAUCCUUGGAAUCAAACAGAAAACAUGCAUCCAGCAAAGGGAGGAUCAGUAGGAGCCGGAGGUUUUACUUACCUUUCCCUUCCAGAAGGACACAAACAGGACGACAAACUUGCCACCGACAGCGGAGCCGUCGAUUCCGGGUUCCAUUCGGGGCAAAACUUGAGCUCGGAUAACUACACCAGCUCAUCGUUCGAGGCGCAACAGGAAGCUCCACUGCAGCCGUUGUUUGUGUCCGGCAGUCACAAGUCGGCCCCCGCCCAGCAGCAGCAGCAGGAAGAAGACUCACAAACGUUCGACUCCGGGGUGGAUCUAGAUUCGAGCCAGCAGCUCCGCUCCAGCGAUUCGAUGAAGGUGGACAACAUAAAUGACCUCUGCAAAAGCUUGCUGCAGCUGCAGAUGAGCCGGAAGAAACCGGUUUGGGAAAAGUAUUUCCACCAGAACGACGACGGCGAUACCUAUCUCCAUCUGGCCGUGAUUCACGAGGCCACCGACGUUGUCUGCAAGCUGAUACGUGCCGCGCCCCGGCCCUGGCUCGACAUCCAGAAUGACAUCGGUCAAACUCCGCUGCACCUAUCGGUGCUAACCGGUCAGCCACGGAUCGUGCGACGGUUGAUCCUUGCCGGUGCCAACGCGGGAAUCCGCGACGUAGAAGGAAACACACCACUACAUCUAGCCUGCCUGCACAGCAACAACGAGUGCGCGAAGGAACUGCUGACCCCAUUGACUGCCACCGAGCUACAGCAGAGCAGUCUUGCGGUUCAGGCGGCGAUCAAAAUUCCACAAGACCUCGAACAGUGGAACUACAAUGGAAAACGAUGUGUUCACAUAGCAGCCGAAACGUCCAACAUUGAGAUUCUGAGAAACCUGGUCAGCGCCGGAGCCGAUAUUAAUUCACGGGAAGGCAAAUCGGGUCUCACGCCGUUACACAUCGCAAUCGAAUCGGGCAACGACUCGUUGGUAAUUUUUCUGCUAGAAGAAUGCCCCAAACUGCGGCUGGAGCAGGUCACCUAUGCCGGUCUUACCGCCUAUCAGUUGGCCGGUCUCCAGCACAACCAGAGCCUGCUGAAUGUACUGCGAAGUCGCGGUGCGGAACCGCUGAGCCCACCGGAGAGUGACUACGACGAUGACGAGAGCGAGGAGGACGAUCAGAUUCCCGCAUAUUACGGAUCCAAUUCAUUCUGCAGCAGUUUUACGGGACUCUCCACGAUCAAUGUAGCAUAAUAGUUCUCUCGGUUCAACUGAAGCAUCAAACACACAUAGUAUCAAAAACUACGAGCAUAAUGUAACCCCCUUUUUCCAAUCAUCGACUAGUACUUGGCUAUUAGCAUCAGUGGACCAUUAUGGGACUAAGGAGGUUGGAAAGAGUUCCGAGUUUAGUAAAUGUUUUCACGACCAGUUUCAUUGUGUUGACUGUGUAUUUUAACCGAUAUCUUUUGAUAAGCCCUCGGUCGACAUUGAAAUCGCUAUGUGAAUUGCCAACCGUCUGAAAACUGCAAGACAACAACAGUCCUUAUCACACCAACCGAUUUCAAGCCGACCGAGACCCUGGGUCUCUAUCCCAGUAGUAGAGAAGAAGGAGCUUAUCUUCUAUCUGUAUGCCACUAGUGUAGGACUGUAACUGGAAGCAAUCUUUUGUUGCCUUUCUAUCAAAAUAUCUUAGAAACCAAUAGCGGACAAAAACUGACCAUACUGUUUUAUUGUAGAGUGUAGCCACCCUAUAUUUGUAAAUCUGUUUUGUAUGUUAUUCCUCUCGUAUUUAUACACCAACCGAAACAAACCCAGAACACUAUGUAAAUUAACGCCUUAAAAUGCAACGGCACACACGAGUGCAUCUCACCGGUCAUUCAAGCAAACGUGCGAUGCGUUAUCAAUCAAUGUUCUUGAAACUGUAAUAAAAACUAGCAUAUUUUACGAAA